ACAGGAAAAUGGACGGGUGGUUAAAAUCAGGCACUUUGAAGCUUUUUUUUAGGGAUAUUGCGUGAUGGGUAAAAUUUUGAAAAAAACUUCGAAAAAUAUAAUAAGCCACUGGGAACUGAUUUUUAAUGGUUUUAACAAUUCUGAAAUUGUGAUAAUGUUCCCCUUUUAAAAAACUGGGUUUUCCAUGUCCUGAGAAAUAAGAAUGAAUUAAUUUGUUGAGCUUUCCACAGUUACUAGAAACUGCUUGUUUUCAAGUUGUUUUCUGCUCCUGGAGCUUAUUAUUGUGCACAUCAAAUAAGGCUUGGAAAUAGAGCCAAGGUGCACGCUUUGAUAAGUACAUGAGCUGCCAGAGAGGCCACUAAUGGAACAGACAUGUUUCCACAAGUGUCCUACCAAAUCUAUAUCUGUCCAGUUUCCUCUUCCUGCUCCCCGCACGACACAUCCUGCCAUAUUGGUGUUGUGAUAGCAGCAUUUCCCCCCUUCUCCUCUUGCUGUGGUCUCUCUCCUCUCCCCCCCGCUCUCAGUAUCUCCAUUACCAAGGCGUCACUUCAUCUCCCGCUUGAAUCCUGUCCCGGCGUGCCGCAGUGACCCGCUGAACUCAAAAUGAUGCCGUUCAGCCACAUCCUUUCUCAGGGUGGAAUAGACGGCUUGUUGUCCCGGAAAGGAGACGAGGGGCUCACAUCUUCUCAAUGAGCGCCUCUCACAGGGGUGUUUGACAUGUACUGUCCCAUCACCGCUUAGUAUGCGUGAGUGUGUGGGUAGCCUUUUGUGAGGGGCGCAGGAACGUUGUAUUAUUCAUAUGGCGGAAUGGAUGUGUCUUGUAUGUUUUCAUAAGCAGUCUAGCGGCAGCGGCCUGAUAUUUUGGCGUCAGCAGUCAAGACCCACCGACGUGUGAAAUAAACAAUCUGUGCAACCUCAUUGAGGUUAUGAAACGUAGCGGCACACGUUUAUUGUCAUUUUCAGCAGUUCUGCCCAGUUGGCACUGACUACAUAUCACCGGACGACCUCUAUCUUAUUAACCAUUGAGACAAGCAAACUUCAGGGUUCGUAUGGGUGCUUAAAAACCUUUAAAAUGCUUGAAUUUGAAUGUUGUGUUUUCAAGGUUUGAAAAAUGCUGGAAUUUUGGGUGAAGUGCUUGUAAAUGCUUGGAAAUGUUCAUCUUUCUGUCUGACUCAAUAGGCUUAUUAUAAAAUGGAAAAAUAUUAAAUAAGUACAUCCAUCCAUCCAUCCAUUUUCUUCCGCUUAUCCGAGGUCGGGUCGCGGGGGCAGCAGCCUUAGCAAAGAAGCCCAGACUUCCCUCUCCCCAGCCACUUCGUCCAGCUCCUCCCGGGGGAUCCCGAGGCGUUCCCAGGCCAGCCGGGAUAUAUAGUCUUCCCAACGUGUCCUGGGUCUUCCCCGUGGCCUCCUGCUGGUCGGACGUGCCCUAAACACCUCCCUAGGGAGGCGUUCGGGUAGCAUCCUGAGCAGAUGCCCGAACCACCUCAUCUGGCUCCUCUCAAUGUGGAGGAGCAGCGGCUUUACUAUGAGUUCCUCCCGGAUGACAGAGCUUCUCACCCUAUCUCUAAGGCAGUGGUUCUUAACCUUGUUGGAGGUACCGAACCCCACCAGUUUCAUAUGCGCAUUUACCGAACCCUUCUUUAGUAAAAACUAAAAUGUUUUUUUUUCUUUCAAAUUCUAGAAAAAGUCAUGUUUUUUUUACUGGUGCACAAAAUGAACUGUGCAUGAACAUCACCUUGUUCAAAGAACAAAACCAACACAGUGCAUGAACUCACAACAAAUUACACACAUUACCAUGAAUUGAUUAACGUGGACCCUGACUUAAACAAGUUGAAAAAGUUAUUCGGGUGUUGCCAUUUAGUGGUACGGAAUAUGUGUAAACUGUACUGUUUCAUAUAAUGUAUUCUCUUCCUUUGCAAUCUGCUCGUAAAAGUUUCAAUCGACCAAUCAAACAACCUGCAAAUCAGAUGGAAAAUUAGAGGGAACAUUGUUUGGGGGUAUCCAUAAUACGCCGAUAGGGAGAAGUUUUUAUUUACAUGAUAAGUCGGAUGUGUCUUUACCUCCGUGGCGGAGGCUCCGCCGAACCCCUGAGGCCAAUUCACCGAACCCCUAGGGUUCGAUCGAACCCAGGUUCAAGAACCACUGCUCUAAGGUAGAGACCCGCCACCCGGCGGAGGAAACUCAUUUUGGCCGCUUGUACCCGUGAUCUUGUCCUUUCGGUCAUAACCCAAAGCUCAUGACCAUAGGUGAGGAUGGGAACGUAGACCGACCGGUAAAUUGAGAGCUUUGCCUUCUGGCUCAGCUCCUUCUUCACCACAAUGGAUCGAUACAGCGUCCGCAUUACUGAAGAUGCCGCACCGAUCCGCCUGUCGAUCUCACGAUCCACUCUUCCCUCACUCUAAAUACGUUUCCUUAAAAAUGAAAGCUACACGCUUGAUCUGUUGGCUUUGCACGAGCCCUUACAUUAGGUUGUUGUCAUGCCAGAGCCGUAUAUGGCUCUGUGUCGCCCCCAUGAGGACAGUGGUGCAUCGGUCCAUCAUGCCGGUAGGUUGUCGUUUUAAUGAACAUCAUGUAUUCAUGAAUUAUGAUACAAACAAACAAGUAAACAAUAAUAAUUAAUGUUAUUUAUUGUAAGGAACUAUGUAUACAUGAAUUAUGAUACAAACAAACAAGUAAACAAUAAUUAAUGUUAUUUCUUGUAAGGAAUGAUGUAUACAUGAAUGAUGAUGAUACAAACAAACAAGUAAACAACGUUUGCAAACACAGAUGACAUUGAAUAGUCUACAGAAACACUGCUUCAUUUUCUAUGCCCCAUUCAGUUAAUGAUAACUGCUGGUUCAACGUUAGGCUUAGGUUUUAGCAGAUUUUCCGUAUUUGUCCUACAGACAGCAUUUGAUGACCUCAAACAACAAGGCUAUGGAUUGAUUCACACUGGUUUUUGCUUUUUGAAGGGUACUGGAAAAACUGGAAAAUUUUAUUUUGAAAGUCCUUAAAAAGUGCUUGAAUUUGGCCACGGGAAAGGUGUACAAACCCUGAAACUUCUUGGCAUAGGGAAAUAGAUAAAGUUGAGCAUUAGUCCUCAUUAUUAUAGUGUCUAGUAUAGGGGUGUAACGAUUCGUUUUAACAAUGAUUCGAUUCGUUCGAUUCAGAAUUUGUGCUUGCUGAUAUAAUUCAGGGACAAUAUUAUUUUUUAUUUUUAGAACAAUACGAUACUAAACUAUACAGUGAGUUGAAAUCUAUUCAAUAACUUUUUAGCAAAAAAAAAAAAAAAAAAUCCACCAAGUGUGACUGUGAAAUAAAUACUGGAUACUGGACAUUGCAGGUGAAGAUUCCUAUAUUUGUAUAAUUUUUUUCUAAGGGAAUUAAGUGUAAAUUAAUUAUGGAUACAAACAAGCAAGUACACAACAAUGAAUGUUAUGCAGUAUAUUUGGUUAGUAUUUAUUUUUCUAAUCAGCCUGACCUAAGCCAAAGUUGUAUGUGUUAAAUAAAUUAUAUUAUAUGUGAUUAACACAUGGUUUCAUAUAAUUUAAAAAAAUCAAGAGUAAGAUUACCAAUUCAGUGAUAAUAUUUGAGUGGAAUCCAGACCACUCUGUAGUGGAAAAGUUGGGACCCGAGAUAAAAAGUUUAAGAACCCCUAGCUUAGUUGCUCAGACAGCAUAGAUUUAUAUAGGUUUAGAUUAUAUGUUAUUUCUUCAUGGAGAAAGAUGGUAAUUUUUCUUGUUUUCAUGUCGGCAUUUAAGCUAGCGAACUCGUGCCUGUCAGUCCGUGAGUUCAUCAAAGUGCAGUUAUCAAUCAUGUUUUUUUCCGUUAAUUUAAAUUUAAAACUGUAAUGCCAACUGUCAGGAGUUUUACCACAGUUAUCAUUAAAACCGUUUAUCGUUACAUCCCUACCCAAUGCCCAACACUAGUGAGCUACAGUGCUAACAUUACAGUCACAUUUUUAACAGGAACAUCAUGCUAGGUUAGCCUAGCGGCUGAAGAAAAAGUGCGGUAAACAAUCCAACUUACAGUUCCCAUGUCCCAAGCUGAGUGACAGAUAAGUGGACUGAGCUCUAGCUUUUAAAAUGUGUAGUGAAACCUACUUUCUUUCAUUAUUAUGUUACGCUAGGGAAAAAGCUAUUUUUAAAUCCAGUAGGUCGAUAAACUGUAGGUAGACCAGUCCAAAUGUAUUUCUCUGCGGUGAAUAUUACCGAUUAAUGUGUUUUUUUGGAUUGAUUGGCCAACACCAAAAUGAUCCUGGCAAAUUAAGGUCACUUCUUCAGGCCAAAUAGGUUGUGUAUGUGCUACUUUUUGCUGCUGAGUGGUCAAAAGAUGGGGUGGAAAGGAGGGCAAGAAGACAGAUGAGCCACAUUAUCUCCUGCUGGGAUGAAGGAGGGUUUGUGUUGUCUGCACGGAAAAUUCAUAGCCUCUUCUUCUCACUCCUCAAAUGGUAUCGUUCCCUUCUUUGUUAUUGUGGGCCACACCCUCUGAUUGCAAAACAUUUUUUUGGGAGGCUGUUUUCUUCUUUUUUAGUGAAGCCGCCAAACACAAACCCCAUCAGUUUGUUUUUGUGGCUUGCUGUCAUUUAGCAAAUGUUUGCAGAGGUUUGUGGUUGUUGAACUGCCGCCACUGUUUGUUUGUUUGAGGUAGCAGUUGUUGAAGGUUUAAAGUGGUCUGUGUGAGACUUUGCAAAUGUACAAUGACAAUCUUGUCCUAAUGUUUGUGGUUCUGCUUUAAUGUCUUCCAGUAUGCAAAACUGACUUUUUCAUGACAUUAUCGCUCUUCAAACAGUUCCCUUUGAAAUUACAGUUUUUUAUGAUGUCAUGAAGGAAAACACUAUCAGUAACUUGAUAGCGCCUCUGACCUGUUCUUAGCUUCUUGUAGAUAAGCUCUCACCAUGUACAACACUUUUUUGUAAAAAAGGGGUUAGGCUUUGCUACACUUCUCAAGAUAUAUCAUGGAGCUCAGGCAGUUAUCCGUCAGAUGGAGCAGAUGGGACAUCACUCAGAAGGGCUAUGAGAAGAAAAGAAGCAAACUGUUGGCACCGUACAUCCCACAGAUACAAGGUGUAGACCCCUCUCUGCAAAUUGACAGUCGGAUCCAGGCUUCCCCCCAGGCUGUUCUAUCUGCAUCCAAACACAACAAAGCUCGGGCUGCCAACACCAGGGAUGAACGCUUCCGAUCUGAUCUGCACACAGAAGCCGUUCAAGCAGCUUUGGCCAAAUACAAAGAAAGGAAGAUGCCCAUGCCGUCCAAGAGACGAUCUGUGCUAGUUCAGUCCUCUGUAGAGGCAUGUACUCCACCAGACACGUCCUCUGCGUCGGAAGACGAGGGCUCUCUGCGUCGAAAGGGACAUCUGGCCAACUCCACACCGUACCAGAGUCACAGCCACCCGGCCGUGGAGCACUGGUUUAACCGGGUCAUUCAGGGUUCGUCCACUUCGUCUUCCGCGUCCUCCACCUCGUCCCACCCGGGAGGGAGAUCUAUCACCACCACCACCACCACCACCACCACCACUACCACCAACAGCACCGCCCACAGCAGCCUCAACGCCAACACCAAAGCUUCUGCACUGUCUAACCUUAUGGCACACACCCACCUAGAUAACCACAUAGCACCCCCAGACGUCACAGGCCUCUCGGAAGGCUCCUCGCUUCACGCGGAGCAGUCCUACGGAGGGUCGGUGCGAGGAGUCUCCCGUGGCUAUAACCACCACACGAGCAUCAUGGAGACGGCAGAUGGCUGUGAGUGGAGAGUUGAGGGAUCCCUCAGUUUGAUGAAUGGUGUUCCAGUCAACAGCCGCGUCUCCUCCAAAAUCCAGCAGCUGCUCAACACUCUGAAAAGGCCCAAGCGGCCGCCCUUGCGAGAGUUCUUUGUCGACGACUUUGAAGAGCUUUUGGAUGUCCAGCAGCCAGAUCCGAACCAGCCUAAGCCAGAAGGCCAGCAGAUGUGUCCCCUUGAUGGGGGACAUCUCGGAGUGGUCCAUAACUGGCCUGCCUCCUUGACAGCUGCUUUACAACGAUGGGGCACCACCCAGCCAAAGAGCCCCUGUCUGACUGCACUUGAUAAUGCUGGCAAGCCUGUCUACACUCUUACCUAUGGUAAACUAUGGACCCGCUGUCAGAAACUGGCCUAUACACUUCUCAACAAGCUUAGUAGUAGAAAUGAGCCCUUGCUUAUGCCUGGAGAUAGGGUAGCGCUUGUGUUCCCGAACAACGACCCAGUAAUGUUCAUGGUUGCUUUCUAUGGUUGUCUGCUGGCAGAACUGGUGCCUGUACCCAUUGAAGUGCCGCUGACCAAGAAGGAUGCUGGAAGUCAACAAAUCGGCUUUCUGCUUGGCAGCUGUGGGGUGACGUUGGCUCUUACCACCGAUGCUUGUCAGAAAGGCUUACCCAAAGCACAAACGGGGGAGGUAGCCACAUUUAAAGGUUGGCCCCGGUUGCUGUGGUUUGUGACAGAUGGGAAACAUGUUGUGAAGCCUCCGAAAGACUGGCAUCCUCUGAUACGUGAAGCCAGCAAAGACACAGCUUACAUAGAAUACAAAACCAGCAAGGAAGGAAGCACCAUGGGGAUCACAGUGAGCCAUUCAGCCAUGCGCGCCCACUGUCACGCUCUCACACUGGCCUGCGGCUACACUGAAGCUGAGACCAUAACCAACGUGCUGGAUUUCAAGAGGGAAGCAGGUUUAUGGCAUGGUGUCCUCACUAGCGUCAUGAAUCGGAUGCAUGUGAUCAGCAUUCCUUACUCACUGAUGAAAGUCAACCCUCUCUCGUGGAUACAGAAGGUGCAUACUUACAAAGCACGGGUUGCAGUGGUGAAGUCCAGGGACAUGCACUGGUCUCUUCUAGCACAGAGAGACCAGAGAGACAUCAGUUUAAGCUCACUGCGCAUGCUUAUUGUUGCUGAUGGGGCCAACCCAUGGUCAAUAUCGUCCUGUGAUGCCUUUCUAAACGUGUUCCAGGCACGUGGGCUGCGACCUGAGGUGAUCUGUCCAUGUGCCAGCUCUUCGGAAGCCUUGACUGUCGCCAUCCGCAGACCUCCAGAAAUGGGAGUCCCACCACCUGGGAAGGCGGUGCUGUCCAUGGGUGGUCUGAGCCACAGCGUAAUUCGUGUUGACACAGAAGAUAAGCUUUCCGUCCUCACCGUGCAAGAUGUGGGCCAGGUCAUGCCUGGAGCUUUGGUGUGUGUGGUGCGGGUGGAAGGGACACCAUACCUUUGUCAAACGGAUGAGGUGGGAGAGAUCUGCGUCAGCUCCCGGUGCACGGGUACUGCCUACUAUGGCCUUCAGGGCAUGACCAAAAAUAUAUUUGAGACCAUCCCAGUCACGUCCACUGGAAUUCCGGUCAGUGACCGAACUUUCACCAGGACUUCACUGCUGGGCUUUGUGGGGCCAGACAGUCUCGUGUUUAUUGUCGGGAAGAUGGAUGGCUUGAUGGUUGUCAGUGGGCGGCGACACAACGCUGACGACGUGGUUGCUACGGCUCUCGCGGUGGAGCCUAUGAAGUUUGUUUACAGGGGGAGGAUAGCUGUGUUUUCUGUGUCGGUGCUGCAUGAUGAGAGGAUCGUUGUCGUGGCCGAGCAGAGACCAGACGCCUCAGAGGAAGACAGCUUCCAAUGGAUGAGCCGCGUCCUGCAGGCAAUAGACAGCAUCCACCAGGUGGGAGUGUACUGCUUGGCUCUGGUGCCUGCCAACACACUUCCCAAAGCUCCCCUGGGUGGCAUCCACAUUUCAGAGACUAAACAGCGCUUCCUAGAGGGCGCCUUGCAUCCCUGCAAUGUCCUCAUGUGCCCUCACGCGUGCGUCACCAACCUGCCCAAGCCGAGACAAAAGCAGCCAGAGGUGGGCCCCGCUUCUAUGAUAGUGGGCAACCUGGUGGCGGGAAAGAGGAUAGCACAAGCCUGUGGGAGAGACGUGACCCAGUUGGAAGACAACGAUCAGUUCCUCUAUAUUCAGGAUGUGCUACAGUGGAGAGCGCAGGCCACGCCAGACCAUCCGCUGUUCCUUGUUCUCAAUGCCAAGGGCACGGUGGCGAGUUCAGCUUCCUGUCUACAGCUACACAAGCGGGCCGAACGUGUGGCUGCGGCUCUGAUGGGGCGCCUCAACACUGGGGACCACGUAGCACUUGUCUACCCACCAGGAAUCGACCUGAUAGCCACUUUCUAUGGCUGCUUGUAUGCUGGCUGUGUCCCGGUGACAGUCAGACCCCCACACCCACAGAACUUGGCCACCACCCUCCCCACUGUUAAGAUGAUUGUUGAGGUCAGUAAGUCGGUGUGUAUACUGACCACUCAAGCAAUAAUGAAACUGCUGAAAUCCAAAGAGGCCGCUGCUGCAGUUGACGUCAAGAGCUGGCCCAUGGUGUUGGACACAGAUGACCUCCCCAGGAAGAAAAGUCCCCAGAUCUACAAGCCCCCAACCCCAGAGAUGUUGGCUUAUCUUGACUUCAGUGUUUCCACCACAGGUAUCCUGGCAGGAGUCAAGAUGUCUCACGCCGCCACAAGUGCCUUGUGUCGCUCCAUCAAGUUGCAGUGUGAACUCUACCCUUCACGACAGAUAGCCAUCUGUUUGGAUCCAUACUGCGGCCUGGGCUUCGCUCUCUGGUGCCUGUGCAGCGUGUACUCAGGCCACCAGUCCAUCCUGGUUCCCCCUCUGGAGCUGGAGACAAAUGUGUCACUGUGGCUGGCCGCAGUCAGCCAGUACAAAGUGCGCGUCACCUUCUGCUCCUAUUCCGUCAUGGAGAUGUGCACCAGAGGCCUGGGUUCACAGACUGAGGCGCUGCGGCUGCGCAACAUCAACCUGUCAUGUGUGCGCACGUGCAUGGUGGUGGCAGAGGAGAGGCCUCGCAUCGCUCUGACACAGUCCUUCUCCAAGAUCUUCAAGGACCUGAUGUUGUCGCCGCGGGCCGUCAGCACUACCUUCGGCUGCAGGGUUAAUGUGGCCAUUUGUUUGCAGUCCAACAGGUUAGGGAAACUGGCUGAGCAGGGCACAGCAGGACCGGACCCCACCACGGUUUAUGUGGACAUGAGGGCUUUGCGGCAUGACAGAGUUCGCCUGGUGGAGAGAGGGUCCCCCCACAGUUUACCCCUGAUGGAGUCUGGCAAGAUCCUUCCUGGAGUCAAGGUGAUCAUUGCCAACACCGAGACCAAAGGACCCUUGGGAGACUCUCAUCUUGGGGAGAUCUGGGUGAGCAGUCCUCACAACGCCACAGGCUACUACACCGUGUACGGGGAGGAGGCGCUGCACGCCGACCACUUCAACACCAAGCUCAGCUUCGGGGACACUCACACCGUGUGGGCGAGGACGGGCUACCUGGGCUUCCUGCGGCGCACUGAGCUGACCGAUGCCAGUGGAGAACGCCACGACGCUCUCUAUGUGGUGGGCUCCAUUGACGAGACCCUGGAACUGCGAGGGAUGAGGUAUCACCCCAUCGACAUCGAGACCUCCGUCAUCCGCUCUCACAAGAGCAUAGCUGAAUGCGCCGUGUUCACUUGGACCAACCUCCUGGUGGUGGUGGUGGAGCUGGAGGGGUCCGAGCAGGCGGCCCUGGACCUGGUGGCCCUGGUCACCAACGUGGUCCUGGAGGAGCACUACCUGAUCGUGGGCGUGGUGGUGGUGGUCGACCCCGGCGUCAUCCCCAUUAACUCUCGGGGGGAGAAGCAGCGCAUGCACCUGAGGGACGGCUUCUUGGCGGACCAGCUGGACCCAAUAUACGUGGCGUACAACAUGUGAACCCCAUAAAUGUGGCGUACAACAUGUGAACCCCAUAUGUGGCAUACAUGUGAACCCCAUAUAUGUGGCAUACAACAUGUGAACCCCAUAUGUGGCAUACAUGUGAACCCCAUAUAUGUGGCAUACAACAUGUGAACCCCAUAAAUGUGGCAUACAACAUGUAAACCCCAUAAAUGUGGCAUACAUGUGAACCCCAUAUACGUGGCAUACAACAUGUGAACCUCAUAUAUGUGGCAUACAUGUGAACCCCAUACAUGUGGCAUACAACAUGUGAACCCCAUGAAUGUGGCAUACAUGUGAACCCCAUAUACGUGGCAUACAACAUGUGAACCCCAUAUAUGUGGCAUACAUGUGAACCCCAUAUAUGUGGCAUACACCAUGUAAACCCCAUAAAUGUGGCAUACAUGUGAACCCCAUAUAUGUGGCAUACAACAUGUGAACCCCAUAUGUGGCAUACAUGUGAACCCCAUAUAUGUGGCAUACAACAUGUGAACCCCAUAAAUGUGGCAUACACCAUGUAAACCCCAUAAAUGUGGCAUACAUGUGAACCCCAUAUAUGUGGCAUACAACAUGUGAACCCC